ACACGGGGGUCGGCAGUUGCUCGGCAGCUUUCAUGUGAGGAGCAGGUCGCUACCUUGAGAGACCCACAGCGCAAACUUUUCUGUGUUAACCUACCUGAGAGGAGUUUUUAGACACUUUCUUUUCGAUAUUUUGUGGAUAAUACACCGAGGACUUCAGUGGGACAGCUGUCUAUCUUUUUUGGGCUCCCUGGUAACAAAGUAAGCAUGGCAGCACCCACCACAUGACUGAAGCUUUGUACCCACAGAGUGGAAGGAUUGGACAGGGAAAGGAACCAGGAGGAUAACGAAAAGACGGACAGUCAGAGGAGACUGGGCACUUUUUGGUAUCAGUGAAGAUGGGUGAGACAGAAGAUGAACGUACAGCCCAGGCUGGUGUUCUCUUUGAAAACUUCGUUCAGGCGUCCACCUGUAAAGGGACUCUGCAAGCCUUCAGCAUUCUCUGCAGGCAGCUUGAACUGGAUCCUCUUGACUACAGUAACUUCUACAGGUCACUGAAAGCUGCAGUCAGCACUUGGAAGGUCAAGGCCCUCUGGACCAAACUGGACAAAAGGGCACAGCAGAAGGUCUACAACCAGAACAAGGCAUGCAAAAACACCAGGUGUCUGAUCAUCGGUGGGGGUCCAUGUGGUCUACGGACAGCCAUUGAGCUUGCCCUGUUGGGUUGCAAGGUGGUUCUGAUUGAGAAGAGAGACAGCUUCUCCCGGAAUAAUGUGCUUCAUCUCUGGCCUUUCACCAUCCAUGACCUCAGGGGUCUCGGAGCUAAAAAGUUCUAUGGAAAGUUCUGUGCCGGCUCCAUCGACCACAUCAGCAUCCGCCAGCUCCAGCUGAUGCUACUGAAAGUUAGUCUUAUUCUGGGAGUUGAGAUUCACGUCAACGUGGAGUUUGUCAAGCUUGUGGAGCCGCCAGCAGAGCAGACUGACGACGGUCCUGGUUGGCGAGCAGAAGUCCAUCCCUCCAGCCAUCCUGUCUCAGACUUUGAUUUUGAUGUUGUGAUUGGAGCAGAUGGACGGAAAAACACAUUAGAUGGAUUUUCUCGCAAAGAGUUUCGAGGAAAAUUGGCCAUUGCCAUCACGGCUAACUUUGUCAACAGGAACACCACAGCAGAGGCUAAAGUGGAGGAGAUCAGUGGAGUGGCCUUUAUCUUUAACCAGAAGUUCUUCCUGGAACUCAAGGAGGAGACAGGAAUUGACUUGGAGAACAUAGUUUACUACAAAGACAACACCCACUACUUUGUCAUGACGGCAAAGAAGCAGAGUCUGCUGGACAAAGGAGUCAUCAUAAAUGAUUACAUAGAAACAGAGCGACUGCUUAGCCCUGACAAUGUCAACCAGGAAGCAUUGCUCUCCUAUGCCCGUGAAGCGGCCGACUUUGGCACAAACUACCAGCUUCCAUCCUUGGACUAUGCCAUCAACCACUAUGGACAGCCUGAUGUUGCCAUGUUUGACUUCACUAGCAUGUAUGCCUCAGAGAAUGCAGCCUUAAUCCGGGAGAAACACGGACAGCAGCUACUGGUGGCACUGGUGGGAGACAGUCUUCUUGAGCCCUUCUGGCCGAUGGGUACAGGUUGUGCUCGGGGUUUCCUAGCAGCCUUUGACACUGUGUGGAUGGUGAAAGCCUGGGCACAAGGCAGGAGCCCUCUGGAAACACUAGCUGAGAGGGAGAGUCUGUACCGGCUGCUGCCUCAGACCACCACAGAGAACAUCAGCAAAAACUUUGAACAGUACUCCAUUGAUCCUGCGACCCGUUACCCUAACCUUAACUCAAGCUGUGUACGCCCACAUCAGGUGCGCCAUUUGUUCAUUAAUGGCAUGGAGGAAAUAUGUCCACUGGAUAGAGGAGGACCUAGACGCAGAUCAGUGAACUUAUCCAGAGGAGACUCUGAAGUCCGUCCUGGCCGGCUGCUGACCUGGUGUCAGAGGCAGACUCAAGGAUACAGGGGGGUCAACGUCACCAACCUCACAUCAUCCUGGAAGAAUGGCCUGGCUCUCUGUGCUCUCAUUCACCGCCAGCGGCCUGACCUCAUUGACUUUGAUUCUCUGAACGAGGAGGACAUGGCAGGGAACAACCAGUUAGCUUUUGACCUGGCUGAGCGAGAGUUUGGUAUCCAGCCAAUGAUGAGAGGAAAGGAGAUGGCUGCAGAGGCUGAACCAGACAAGCUGCUGAUGGUUCUCUAUCUCUCAAAGUUCUAUGAGAUUUUCAGAAACAGUGCAGGAAACAACAAUGGUCCUAGGGAGCCAGAUGAGAAUUCUGAGGAUUACCCCUCCAAAACAAACAAGCACUCUCAGCCCAGGAAGAGGAUACCCAGGGAUGAUAAAAAACUAGAAGAAGAUUCAGUUCACAAGAGGCGGCGAAAAGGCAACCACUACCUCACAGAGCUGUCUUGUCACAGUGCCCCCCCUGCUGGUGAAGAUGGAGAGCUGCGUGAGAACAAAGUCCGCUCUAUGGCAACUCAGCUGCUGGCUAAGUUUGAAGAGAACUCGACAGGAAAGCCAAACAGCAAGUCUGAAGAGGACCCAUCCCAUCCCUCCUUUUCUACUUCUGAGUCUCCUUCUACCACUCCACUUCCUUCCUCUGAGGAGGAGGAGGAGAAUGAGGAAGAGGAAGAUGAGGAGGAAAGAGAAAACCCCCGCUUUGCAAAACCUAAAGACAUUCCCCCUCCUCCUUCCCUGCCUCCCCCUCGUCCCAAGUGGCAGCCUUCCAUCUACCUUCGCUUACUGGAGAAUCCCAACGCUGUGGCUCAGCAAACCAGUUUUCUCUCUACCCCUAAAUGCUCUUCCUCUCAGAGCAACUACAGUCGCUCUCCUUCACCCUCACGCUCUGAGAGUCCAUUAAAUCCUUCCCGCUCACCUAGCCCUAAUUUAUCUAGGCAUCACAUCCCAGAAAGCACCUCUCCUCCCCAGAGAACCAGUCAGCUCCCUGUUCCUUCUCUAUCUUCUUGGGAUAAUGAUCAUUCCACUGAUAAGUCAGAGGAAUCAAUGCAGCAGAGUAAAGACAAAAGAUUGUCUGCAAGAGAAUUUUAUGGACGGAGUAUAAAGGAGAGAGCCGUGCUGCUCUCCUCCAUGUUUCCUGGGUCCAAAAAGCCAUCUUCUUCCUCGCCGUCUCCUCUGUCAGAAUCUCAGGUGGAGCCUUCUAUCACUCUGCCUCCCUUGUCCCCACAUCCUCCUCCUUCUGCCUAUAAGAGCCUCAGUGUUUAUCCAGUUGUUCAUCCUGUCCCUGACCCCACUGCUCAUGCUGGUUUUUCCUCUGUGCACACCUCUGGCCACAAGGACAAGAAACAGAAAGACUCAUCUACUCCCUCAUCCUUCUCUGUCUCUGAAAGAACUGAUCAAAUCUCUUUCCUCCAUGCUGAAUCCACAGUGCACGGCAACAAAACAUCUGCUGCUCUUUCCUCAGCUUGCCUUGAUGAGGUCUCCUCUCCCCUCUCUGAUAAAAACUCUCAAAUUCCUGUGCAAAAUGAAAACUGUGUGAGGACAUCUGAGAUUUCACCAACAAAUCUGGAAAACGAGCGGGAGAAGAAUCAUGAAUGUGCUCAGGGGGCAUUUGAUGAUAGACAGUUAGCUGAGGAAGAUCACAUUGAGCCCAGUGGGAGCUGCUCUGUGGAGAGCCCUAGAAGAAAGGCUCAUAAGUCAGUUAUUCGCUCUGAGAGUUGUCCUUCUGGAGCUCCUAGUUACAUGAAAGAGCGUACGGUUGGAAAGGUAUCAUCGGCCAUAGAUGCUAAAGCUCAGAAACUGGCCGUCCUCUAUGAGACGGACCACAGGCCCAAUGCCAUGCCGGCCUUAGUUCCCUGGACACGGAGGGGUCCUAAUGCUCAAGGGUGCAUGGUGCGUAAGGAUUACCCUCCUGGGCUUGGUGGCAGUGACAUUUGCCACUUCUGCACCAAGCGGGUGUAUGUGAUGGAGCGACUGAGUGCUGAGGGUUACUUCUUUCACCGAGAGUGUUUUCGGUGUGACGUCUGCAACUGCACCCUUCGUCUGGGAGGGCAUACCUUCGAUUCCCAGGAGGGGAAGUUCUACUGCAAGAUGCACUAUGCACAGUGCCAAUCCAAUGCUAACAUGGGGAGAUUCAGAAGGAGAAUGGAAGACCAAAACCGUGUAAAAUCCUCGUCUCUGGCCAGUGGAAGCUACACAGUGAUGGGCAGCAUCCAGAUUCAGCCCUCAGUCAGGGUGUCCAACUCGCAUUCAGAGCAGCUUGAUAAACAUCAGAAAGGACUUCCUGAAGAUACAGAGAUGGCUGUUGAAGUUCUGGAUGACUCCUGUGUGGUUGAACCCAUGGUGCAAGAUACAACAACAACCAAGGGUCAGGAGAGUAGCAAAGAGGAUAAAAGUAACAUCAAACAAAAUAACCGGUGGAAACGCAAGAUCAGAGCGACCUUUCCGCUCAUCUUCGUCAAGCACUUUCAGAGUAGCUGGUCCCAGGACAGAACAGGACCAGAAACUGUCCCUGAAGCAGACUCUGACUUUGAGGAGGCAAUCACAGCUGAAAAACUAUCUUUUUCCAACAGCAGCUCAGAGACAUCAGCAGAUAUUCAGAAUUCCUCAGAGGGAAGCAAGAAGAAUGAAGAGCAUGCAGCCACAAAAGAGUUUGUUUCCAGUUCAUCCUCCCCAAAGAAACGCUUGAUGCUGUCGCUGUCUGAGAAAGAAAAACUUCUAAACUGGGACAUACUGGCCACACCAGAGGAAAUGACGAGUAACACAAACAACAAAAAAACACAUGAACUUCAAGUACAAGCAGAGACUGAAGCAGAUAAGAUUCAGACGGACCCUGGCCAGGAUGGGCAGCUUUCCCAAAGCCAAACCUCUGCCUCGUCAAACUCAACCUUCCAGCUUAUAGCCAAUGCCUUCAGGAGGACAUUUAGUGUGACUAAUCCCUCCAACAGCUCCAACUCUGAAGUCCCAAUGAGGCCCAAACGUGAAGGCAACCGCCGACAGAGGCCGAUGUCAUUAGGAGCUGCAGGCCUCACCUCUCUCUUUAGUAACAUGGGUCCAGAGCCAUCCAGAGAUGAAAAUAAGACCAACAGGAAUGAAGCUCAAUGGGCAUCUGUUGCAUGGGAGGCUGGACAGGACCUGCCCUCACUGUUGCAGAAUGUGUCACUUAGGGGCCGUAGAGACUCAGGAGGGGUGUUCUCUGAUGACAUGAGCUCUUUGCCCCGAAAGAGGGUCAACUUGUUUUCAUCCCUAAGGCUGAAAAAGAAUAAGACGUCAGAAAUCAAGGGGCAGGACCAGGAAAUGCAAAAGGAAAUAAUGACGAUACUCACCAAUCUUAGUAACAAAGCCUCCACACAGCAGAACCUGGAAGAUCCUUCCUCAAGUGAUGAUGAGUUUGAAAACAUCACAUCCAGUCAAAAGAUGAGCACAGAGAGGCAGAGGAGGAAGCAGGAGAAGAUGGUGGUUCAACAGGCUAAAAGAGAGCAGCUGAAGAGGUUACACAGAGCUCAGGCCAUCCAGAGACAACUAGAGGAGGUUGCAGAGAAACAGAGAGAUCUAGAAGAGAGAGGAGUAUCUAUAGAAAAGACCAUAAGAGGAGAAACAGAAUCACCUCUGGCAGAUGACAGUGAGGAAGCACAGCUCUAUCAAUCCUGGUUUAAACUUGUUCUGGAGAAGAACAGAUUGGCCCGCUACGAGUCUGAACUCAUGAUCUUUGCCCAGGAACUUGAACUGGAGGACACACAGAGCCGACUGCAGCAAGAACUAAGGCACCGAAUGGCUGUUGAAGACACUAAGAAAACUGCCUCUGAACUGCAGGAGGAACAGGAGAUGCUUUCAGAGAUCAUGAGGACAGUGGAGAAACGAGAUAUGCUGGUGUCUAUACUGGAGGAGCAGAGGCUAAAGGAGAGGGCUGAGGACAAGGACCUGGAGAGCCUUAUACUGUUCAAGGGCUACGAGUUUAACUGGGUCCAGUCAGAUGACAGCUGGAAACUGAACUAGAGGAUAAACGUCGAGAUCAUCAGAGCUGAACAGGAUGCCUGGUUGGAGAACCGCAGUGCCCUUAUUCAUUUUUUUUUUUAAAUAUUUUUCUUGUUUCCAUGAAGCUUCAAUGGUGAGAAGGACUGGUGAAACUCUUGGUGCAUUGCUAGACUAAGACACUAAGAACAAAUAGACAAUGAGCUUUUCUCACAUGUUGGCAAACAUGUCUGACAUUAAGGCUGUAUGACCUCUGUGCUCAGAAGUUUAACUGGCAAGCCUCAGUGCUGACUUAAAACUGGAUGUACAAAAGGCUGUACCGCUUAAAAAUGAUGUAGAUGCCUUGUAAACUUAUUCUCAAACCUCAUAAUCAGAACUGUUUGGUUGCUUGCCUUAAGGAUCUGAUGUUAUUGUUGCACUGAACUUUCUCACUGCACUUGAUUAGUUUGAAAUUAUCAUUAACCCAGAGAUUUGUUUUGUCUUUCACUAUUAGCCACUUGAUUGCAAUUUUGUUUGAGUUCAAUUGUUGUGUUGAAUUUCAUUUUUCCACUUAAUAUGUUAACACUGUCCAAAUUUCUUUUCACAUCCAGACACCUUUAAACACAGAGUAAGAACCUUUCUGCCACCGAUCUGUUGUCAGCUGCUGAAUACCAAAAAUAUCAUAUUUUAAUGUUUCUAAUACUGUCAGCCACUUAAUGCAAGGCUGUCUUUUGCACAUGUUGAUACCUUCUUGCGUGUUAGAUUAAUGACUGCACCAGUUUAUGUCACAACCUUUGCCCACCUAGCUGGCAAACCUCAUGCUUUGACAUCAUGGAUGAGGACAGAAACCAGUAAUUUCACAUGCUAGAAAGUUUUUCCUAAUCUAAGAGCUGAUUUAAACUUUGGCCAACUGCUGUCAGACUAAACUGUGAUUGUUUCUUUUUCUAUCAGUGUGAGCUCUAAAUCAUAAUUAUAGCUUUACCUCCACAGGAGACCAUAAAUAAUGUGUUUACAUGAGUUUUGACCAUGGAUACCCAUCGCAACACAGUGCUCAUUUAGUUUGUGGGCUUUAUGUGUUCAGUUUGCUGUGACUCAACAAACUCUUUAAGUUAUGUUUUCAUAGAAAAACUGUACAAGCUUGAAAUGUGUCUGUAUGUUGGUUUUAUGCUUCUUUAACUUUUUAACAAAAAGGUAAAUAAAAAGAUAUUUAAAAUUU